GCCAACCGCCCGCCGGGCGUGUGAAAGAAAUGAAAGUUAUCGCCGUCGCCUACGCUCGUCACCUUGCCCAGCAGCGUGCGCCGCCGAAAGAAGCCGGGCGAGAUAUAUGCGGUGCCGCGAAAGCGGCGGAGAAACGAACGCCAGAUGCCGAAGAGCGCGAAAGCUCCGAUGGUCGGAAGGGUGUACAGCACGAUCGAUCGCGGUUCUUGGUAGUGCUGCCAGUCGAUAAGCGUCCAAAGCGAAUCGUUCCAGGAAAUGGCUCUCUUUUUUAGUUGGGGCGGUAUGGGCGGUAUGCCUGCCAAAU